AUGACAAGAUCAUUAUGUAUUUGUAGAGGAGGAGAAAAGGAAUUAGGUAGAAUGAGUUGUAUCAUUUGUUUAAGAGCUUCAAUACCAACAGAGGAUUCAAUUCAUUUUAAACCAUGUCAACAUUUGAUAUGUGUAGAAUGUGGUAACAAUCUUUUCAAGAGAAAUAUUUAUAAUAACAAAUCUUUACAAUGUCCAUCUUUAAAAUGUAAAUCAAAACUUGAUUUAAUUAAAGAUGAAUCAAAAAUUAUUCAAUCAAUUGGAAAGGUUGAAUAUGAAAAGAUUGUAUUUUUUAAACUAUAUCCAUCUCGAGUUAUACAUUGUUUUAAAUGUGAUAAGAAAUUUAUCAAUCCAAUCAACAAUAUGAAUUUGAAUGUUUCAUGUGAUCAUUGUAAACAAUCAAUUUGUACAAAUUGUAUAUCUAUUCCUCAUCCUGGUACAUCUUGUCAAAAUAAUCAAUUGUCUAUGAAAUCUGAAAAUGAAAAGAAAACAAAUGAAAUUGUUAAAAGUAUUAAAAGAUGUCCAGGUUUAAAUUGUGGUAUCCUUGUAGAAAAAAUUUCUGGUUGUCAACAUGUUGUUUGUUUAAAAUGUUCAACUCAAUUGUAUGUAUAA